GAUGAGCAGCUGAGGACCCUGGUGAGGCAGUUUGGACAGCAGGACUGGAAGUUCCUGGCCAGCCACUUUCCUAACCGCACUGACCAGCAAUGCCAGUACCGGUGGCUGAGGGUUUUAAAUCCAGACCUUGUCAAGGGGCCAUGGACCAAAGAGGAAGAUCAAACGGUCAUUGAGCUGGUCAAGAAGUACGGCACGAAGCAGUGGACGCUGAUUGCCAAGCACCUGAAGGGCCGACUGGGGAAGCAGUGCCGUGAGCGCUGGCACAAUCACCUCAACCCCGAGGUGAAAAAGUCCUGCUGGACUGAGGAGGAGGACCGCAUCAUUUGCGAAGCCCACAAGGUGCUGGGCAACCGCUGGGCAGAGAUUGCCAAGAUGCUGCCAGGGAGGACAGACAAUGCUGUGAAGAAUCACUGGAACUCUACUAUCAAGAGGAAGGUGGACACGGGAGGCUUCCUGAGCGAGUCCAAAGACUGCAAGCCUCCCGUGUAUUUGCUGCUGGAACUUGAGGACAAGGACGGCCACCAGAGUGCCCAGUCUACGGAAUGCCAGGGAAGUCUUGUAACCAGCUGGCCCCCCGUGUCUGCUGCUGUGAAGGAGGAGGAAAGCAGUGAGGAGGAGGCGAUGGCAGCCUCCACUUCGAGGGAGCAGGUGCCUGUCUCCGCGGAGCUGGAUGGAGCAUGGACACCAGAGCCCUUGGAGGAGUUCCCAAAGCGUGAGGACCAGGAGGGUUCUCCGCCAGAGAUAAGCUUGCCCUACAAGUGGGUGGUGGAGGCAGCAAACCUCCUCAUCCCAGCUGUGGGCUCUGGCCUCUCUGAAGCCCUGGAUUUGAUUGAGUCGGACCCUGAUGCUUGGUGUGACCUGAGUAAAUUUGACCUCCCUGAGGAACCGUCUGCGGAGGGCAGUGUCAGCAGCAGCCCCGUGCAGCCCCAAACAUCACAUCAGCAGCAGGCUCUGCCACCCCGUCAGCCCGCCGCCCCGGUGCCCACCGUGACCGAGUACCGCCUGGAUGGCCACACCAUCUCAGACCUGAGCCGGAGCAGCCGGGGCGAGCUGAUCCCCAUCUCCCCGAGCACUGAGGUUGGGUGUUCCGGCAUCGGCACACCGCCCUCGGUGCUCAAGCGGCAAAAGAAGAGGCGCGUGGCUUUGUCUCCUGUGACAGAGAACAGCUCCAGUCUGUCCUUCCUGGACUCGUGCAACAGCCUCACCCCCAAGAGCACACCUGUCAAGACCCUGCCCUUCUCGCCUUCCCAGUUUCUGAACUUCUGGAACAAACAGGACACACUGGAGCUAGAGAGCCCCUCGCUGACGUCCACCCCAGUAUGCAGCCAGAAGGUGGUGGUCACCACACCCCUGCACCGGGACAAGACACCCCUGCACCAGAAACAUGCUGCGUUUGUAACCCCAGACCAGAAGUACUCCAUGGACAACACUCCCCACACACCAACCCCAUUCAAGAAUGCCCUGGAGAAGUACGGACCACUGAAGCCCCUGCCCCAGACCCCGCACCUGGAGGAAGACUUGAAGGAGGUGCUGCGCUCUGAGGCUGGUAUUGAGCUGAUCAUCGAGGAUGACACAAGGCCUGAGAAGCAGAAGCGGAAGCCCGGGCUGCGGCGGAGCCCCAUCAAGAAAGUGCGGAAGUCUCUGGCUCUUGACAUCGUGGAUGAGGAUGUGAAGCUGAUGAUGUCCACACUGCCCAAGGCUCUGUCCUUGCCAACAGCUGCCGCAUCAGGCUCCUCCAGCCUUACCCUGUCAGGUAUGAAAGAAGACAACAGCCUGCUCAACCAGGGCUUCCUGCAGGCCAAACCCGAGAAGGCAGCUGCAGCCCAGAAACCCCGAAGCCACUUUCCGAUACCCGCCCCUAUGACCAGUGCCUGGAAGACGGUGGCCUGCGGGGGGACCAGGGACCAGCUCUUCAUGCAGGAGAAGGCCCGGCAGCUCCUGGGCCGCUUGAAGCCCAACCACACGUCUCGGACCCUCAUCUUGUCUUGAGGGCCUGGGAGGUCACAUGCCCAUUCUCAUGUUUACAGGGGCUGGGUGGUCAGGAGGGUCUGUGAAUUUGUAUGUCACACUCAGGUGACCUGCAGGGAGCCUUCUGCUGUCAGCCUCUCCCUAGACUGCUCAGGUGGAGGUAAACAAGCCACAUGCUGACUUGUCACUGAGUCCAGCUGCAGGUGGCUCCUGGUGCUAACAGAACAAAGUCCCACUCCUAUGUCUGCCCAGUUCCCUCCCAAGGCUACAAGGAGUCCGGUCAGCUUCUCCCAAGCCCGGGUCCAGCCUGGCCUCAUCUCAGACCCUGCAUAGAUCCUGGUGGGGGUACUCCUCUCCUCAACCCGUUGGUACAUUUUCUUGAAAGAAUAAACUUGCCUUUCCCCUU